UCACCAUGGCGGCGGCCUUGGCUCGGCUCCGGCUGCGAUCCGUCAAGCAGGUUCGGGUUCAGUUUUGCCCCUUCGAGAAAAACGUGGAGUCGACGAGAACCUUUCUCCAAGCAGUGAGCAGCGAGAAGGUCCGCGCCACCAAUCUCAACUGCAUGGUUAUUGCAGACAUGAGGCAUGACGGCUCCGAGCCCUGCGUGGACGUGCUGUUCGGAGACGGGCAUCGCCUGAUAAUGCGUGGCGCUCAACUCACCGCUCAGGAAAUGUUCAUCGCUUUCGCUUCCCACGUUCGGGCCAGGAACCCAGCGAGGAGCCGGGACACACCUGGCGCUGGUACUGAACGGUGACAUAGCGAAAGAAACCAACAAGCAGAUUUUGACUUGGGACAAGGACACUUAAGUGCGACUUCAUCAUUCAAGUCACUAUCUGGAGGGCCACGGAGCAGGGUGGGAUGGGAGAGCUUUGCCACUACAAUGGUUGGGGGGGGGGCAAGAGAAGAUAGGGGUGAGAAGAGGUUUAAAUGAACUUGAAUUUUUUUCUUUCUUACCCUCACUCACAGCUUAACCCUUUUUAAUAUGGCUUCUUACAUCACUCAAAAUACCGUUUGUUCUUGUUUACCAAACGUGCUAUUUCCUCAAUCCUCAGCUCUCUAUCUCAUUAGCUUUUGUCACUCUUAAUUCACCUUCUCGUGGUACCCCUGCCCCUCUUGGAUUUUUCUUGCUUCUUAAACAUAAAGGCAUACUGCCCUCAU